CCUUCUUACACGACAACUCCAAUCCCUAUAAAUUAAGCGCUCAACAAAAUCAUUAAAUUCUCGUACAAAUUCCAAUUUCUUCAACCGAGAAGCGGAGAACUCGAUCGUCAUCGGAGCGGAAAGGGUCAUCGGAGGCAAAAUGAAGGGAAGAACGGAGAUGGAAGUCGGUGCCGACGGUGUUGCUGUGAUCACCAUCAUCAACCCUCCCGUCAAUUCUCUCUCCUUGGACGUAUUACAGAGCUUGAAAGAAAACUAUGAGCAGGCCUUGCUCAGGGAUGAUGUGAAGGCCAUUGUUGUUACAGGUGCAAAUGGAAAAUUUUCUGGGGGUUUUGAUAUUUCAGCUUUUGGCGGGCUUCAUGGAGGAAAGGUUGAGCAACCGAAGCCUGGCUUUAUAUCAGUAGAGGUCAUCACUGACACCUUUGAAGCUGCAAGAAAACCUUCAGUUGCUGCUAUUGAUGGUUUGGCCUUAGGUGGGGGUCUGGAAGUUGCCAUGGCAUGUCAUGCACGAAUAUCAACCCCCAAUGCACAGUUAGGCCUGCCUGAGCUUCAGCUUGGAGUAAUUCCUGGGUUUGGAGGGACACAGCGGCUUCCACGCCUUGUCGGUCUGACAAAGUCCCUUGAAAUGAUGCUGACAUCAAAGCCAGUUAAAGGAGAAGAAGCUCAUGCCUUAGGUCUUGUCGAUGCUGUUGUUUCACCUGAUGAAGUAGUAAAAACUGCACGUUGCUGGGCUCUAGAUAUUUUAGCACGAAGAAAACCAUGGGUUUCUAGCCUUUACAAGACUGAUAAAUUGGAGCCCCUUGGAGAAGCAAGAGAAAUACUUAAAUUUGCAAGAGCUCAGGCCCGCAAGAGGGCUCCAAAUCUAAAACAUCCCUUAGUUUGCAUUGAUGUUAUUGAAGAAGGCAUAGUUUCCAGUCCUAGGGCUGGGUUAUGGAAGGAGGCUGAAGCUUUCCAAGGAUUGUUACAUUCUGACACCUGCAAGAGCUUAGUCCAUUUUUUCUUUGCUUACCGUGGAACAACAAAGGUUCCUGGGAUCACUGAUCGCGGUCUGGUACCAAGACGAGUGAAUAAGGUUGCUAUACUUGGUGGAGGUUUAAUGGGCUCUGGGAUAGCAACUGCAUUGAUUCUUAGUAAUUAUCCAGUGAUACUGAAAGAAGUAAAUGAGAAGUUUUUGGAGGCUGGGAUUGGUAGAGUCAAAGCUAAUCUACAGAGCCGUGUCAAGAAAGGGAAAAUGACUCAAGAGAAGUUUGGAAAAACCUUUUCAUUGCUUAGGGGUGUUCUUGACUAUGAAAGCUUUAAAGAUGUGGACAUGGUUAUAGAGGCUGUUAUUGAGAAUGUUUCUUUGAAGCAACAAAUAUUUGCUGAUCUUGAGAAGUACUGUCCAUCACAUUGCAUACUUGCAAGUAAUACUUCCACAAUUGACUUGAACUUGAUUGGGGAGAGGACCAAAUCCCAAGAUCGAAUUAUUGGGGCCCAUUUCUUUAGUCCGGCUCAUGUUAUGCCACUCUUGGAAAUUGUUCGUACCAAGCACACAUCCCCUCAAGUAAUUGUUGAUUUACUUGAUGUUGGGAAGAAGAUUAAAAAGACUCCAAUUGUAGUAGGAAAUUGCACAGGAUUUGCAGUCAAUAGAAUGUUCUUCCCUUAUACACAAGCUGCCAUGCUGCUCGUGGAACAUGGUACAGAUCUUUAUCAGAUUGAUAAGGCAGUUAUCAAGUUUGGAAUGCCAAUGGGUCCAUUCAGAUUGGCUGACUUGGUUGGUUUUGGGGUUGGAAUUGCCACUGCUAUGCAAUUUAUUGAGAACUUUCCUGAGCGAACUUAUAAAUCAAUGAUUAUCCCUCUCAUGCAAGAGGAUAAGAGGGCAGGUGAAGCUACUGGGAAGGGGUUUUAUUUGUAUGAUGAUAAACGCAAAGCUAGUCCAGAUCCUGAACUAAAGAAUUACAUUGAGAAGGCGAGGAGCAUUUCUGGUGUAUCCAUUGACCCUAAGUUUGUGAAAUUAUCAGAAAAGGACAUUAUUGAGAUGGUAUUCUUUCCAGUGGUGAAUGAGGCUUGUCGAGUUUUUGCUGAAGGAAUAGCAGUCAAAGCAGCAGAUCUUGACAUUGCAUCUGUUAUGGGCAUGGGUUUUCCACCAUACAGGGGAGGAAUCAUGUUUUGGGCGGAUUCCUAUGGAUCAAAGUAUAUUUAUUCAAGAUUGGAUGAAUGGUCAAGGAUGUAUGGAGAGUUUUUCGAGCCCUGUGCCUUCUUGGCUGAAAGAGCUGCCAAGGGGUCUCCUCUGAGUGCACCAGUGGAGCACGCUAAAUCUCGAUUAUAAGAGUGCAUAAGAUUGCUUUCCUUAUUGCACCACCAACCACCCAGGGGUUCCUUCUUAAAACUUCUUUCCUAGUGCUGGAUAGAUGGGUCAGGAUAAGCUGAAUAAUGUUAUGAAUUGGAAAUUUAGCGAGACAACAUGGUCAAGAAAUGAGAUGAGACAUUAUUGGCAAACAAUGAACAUCUUCCCUCCUAGUAGAGCACAUCUUGUCUUAUUGCUAUUUCAUGAUAUCGGUAAAUUCUUCAUACAAUGAUUAUCCAUGUGAUACAUCUUUAGGCAAUGUGCUUUAUCAUUAUAGUGAGACAAGGAGUAGUGCUACCGACUUACUUUUGGCCAUGCGUUUUAUAAUUAUAGUGACUGGCUGAUACUUUUUUUUUUUUUUUCUUUUUUGUAUUUUUUAUUGGGUAAUAAGUGUCAACCUCUCCAAACUUGUUUUUAUGCACUUUUGAAACUAAUUCU